GAAACCUAUAAGCCACUGACCUGAAACAUUCACAAAACUCACGAAAAACCCAAAAUCCUUAUUUAUUUCAAUCCUUGUCUUUAUUGUUCUUGGAGUUCUACUUUUAUUGGGAUUGUUCGAUGCUUCUCCUGUUCAUUAUUGGAUUUUCUUCAUCUAAUCUUAAAUGCCCUGUUUCUCCCUUUUUGUAUCUUCCUAUUUCAUGUUUUAUAUUGAUGCAGCAACAAGGGUUUCAAAGCAAUCCUUGACUUUUCAUAAGUUCACCGUAAAGUUGUUAACUUUAGCUUAUAUUAUUCAGAAAUCAACAAUCAGUUCCGGCACUGCUGUUUUCUGCACAACAUGAGUGAUUCUAAGGUAUUUUUAUUUGGUUCAUUUACUGAAGAUGAAACAAAGUCAUUGCUGAACCAGCCAUCUGGUUGUGAUGGGAAUAGGCAUGUGGAAGAAAAGGUGCCAGUUAAUUCCUCAAAAUCGGAGCCUGAUUUUUCUUUUGGAAGUUUCAAUGCUGUAUCCAAUUCUCAACCCGCUUAUUUAAAAGAGAGAGUAGGCUCAGAUUCCUCUACUACUCUCAAGGAGGAGAAAGCUGGGGCAGAUAACUUGCUCAGAGAAAUCAAACUGAAUGGAGAUGUCCACAAUGAUUACUACAUCAAUGGACAUGAAGAAUCUGCAAUGGUACACAAUAUUGACUUGAGCAAUUUAUGUGUGUUGGAAGAUGAGGCUAAAGCUAUCAACAAGUUGUCUAGAACUACUGGACGAGAUGAUGAUGCACUGCUCAAUAAAGGAAAAUUGAAUGGGACCACUAGCAAUUCAGCAAAAAGUGUACAUUCAGAACAGGCCCUCCCAGAGGUAUCUGGUGGUCCUCUUGAUGUUGCGGGCUUGCUACCUCGUGGUUUAAUCAACUCAGGGAACUUAUGCUUCCUUAAUGCUACAUUACAAGCUCUUUUGUCCUGUUCUCCUUUUGUUGAGCUUUUACUAAAGCUAAGGAUACUCAGUAUUUCCAAGGCUGAGUAUCCAACAUUAGCUGCAUUUGUGGGGUUUCUUUCUCAGUUUGUUGUACCUAGUUCUACAAGUUCAAUGAAGAAAGAUGCAACCAGUGUUGAAGUUGGUACUCCCUUCAGCCCAGCAAUGUUUGACACAGUUCUGAAGAAAUUUACUCCUGAUGUGCCUAAGUCCAUUUCUGGCAGGCCAAGACAAGAAGAUGCACAGGAGUUCCUGAGUUUUGUAAUGGAUCAGAUGCAUGGUGAAUUACUAAAGCUUGAAGGGCAAUCAGGUUCAAGUGGGAAAAAUUCUUCUGUUGUUUCAUCGGAAGACGAUGAAGAAUGGGAAACUGUUGGCCCAAAGAACAAGUCUGCAGUCACAAGAACUCAGGACUUCGUUCCUUCAAACUUGAGUGCCAUUUUUGGGGGGCAGUUGAAGAGUCUUGUAAAAGCGAGAGGGAACAAAGCCUCUGCGACAGUUCAACCAUUUUUGGUGGUCCAUCUUGAUAUUUCACACGAAGCUGUUCAUAACAUUCAAGAUGCUCUCCGCCUAUUUUCUGCCCCUGAGACACUCGAGGGAUAUAGAACUACCGUAGGAAAGGUUGGAGUGGCUACUGCUAGGAAAUCCAUCAGCAUACAGACGCUGCCUAAGAUGCUGAUUUUACACCUGAAGCGGUUUGGUUAUGGAAGCUAUGGAAGUACCAAAUUGCAUAAACCGGUGCAUUUUCCUUUGGAACUAGUGAUAAGCCGUGAUUUGCUUGCUUCUUCGACUACUGAGGGUCGACAAUAUCAACUUGUUUCCACAAUCACCCACCAUGGUAGGGAAGCUUCUAAGGGGCAUUACACUGCUGAUUGUCGUCACCAGAGUGGGAAGUGGUUGCGGUUUGAUGAUGCUUCUGUUACUGCUGUCACCACCAACAGAGUGCUGCAUGAUCAAGCUUACGUUCUAUUCUAUAAACAAGUAUAGGCAACCUGCUAACGGAGCUGGGAAAGAAGAAGACAUUCUUAAGCCAUUGGACAUUGCAACAUCAGGCUUCUGCAGUGUUGUGUAGUCCAGGGUUGUCUGAGAUAACUACUAUUUACAAGGUCAUCAGGGAAAUGGAGCAUCCAUUGUCAUCCAUGUAUUGUGGUAAAUGUAUGGAAUUUUGUUACCAGUUUCAUUUUGUACCCUCUCAUCAUUGCACUAGGGAAAUUUGACUAUUCUGAAGUGAGCGUCUGAGGUCUAGAUGUUUCUUGAUUUUCGAUUAUCGAUACAUGAGUCUGUCUCCUUUCUUCAGUUAUAUUAUAUAGAAGCAUUUGCUUAUUGAUAGAU